AUGGCGCGGCUCGGUGUUGCCGGGUGCGGACGCACUUUGUGUUGCUAUUGACGCGAAGAUGGAGGGUGAUGAUGGCGAGGGAGGUGGAUCAGCUGACAUUAAUUUGUCACCUUGCCGAAUUUGUGGGAGAACUUUUUUGACAGCAACACGGUUAAAGCAUGAACCCGUCUGUCAAAAAAAUGCAAACAAGAAAAGGAAGAUCUUUAACUCCAGUAGACAGAGAGCCGAAGGAACUGAUAUUCCCAACUUAAAGCCUCUAAAGCCCAGGCCUGAACCUCCCAAAAAGCCCUCAAACUGGAGACAGAAACAUGAAAGCUUUAUUGCUACCAUCAGAACAGCCAAAAAGAUUACACAAAUAAUUAAUGAAGGGGGUACUCCUCCACCUCCACCUCCACCGUUAUAUGAUCCAGAUGAGGGUGGUUUUGAAAUCGUGAGGUAA